AUGUAUGUAUGUAUGUAUGUAUGUAUGUAUGUAUGUAUGUAUGUAUGUAUGUAUGUAUGUAUGUAUGUAUGUAUGUAUGUAUGUAUGUAUGUAUGUAUGUAUGUAUGUAUGUAUGUAUGUAUGUAUGUUAUGUAUGUAUGUAUGUAUGUAUGUAUGUAUGUAUGUAUGUAUGUAUGUAUGUAUGUAUGUAUGUAUGUAUGUAUGUAUGUAUGUAUGUAUGUAUGUUUAUGUAUGUAUGUAUGUAUGUAUGUAUUGUAUGUAUGUAUGUAUGUAUGUAUGUAUGUAUGUAUGUAUGUAUGUAUGUAUGUAUGUAUGUAUGUAUGUAUGUAUGUAUACACUGGUGGCAGUCUCUGCCUCGGGGCCUCUUCUCUCCCAGCGUCGUCCGCUGCGCGGCAGAAAUCGUCCUUCCUGCAGAAUCUUGCCCGUCUCUUUGCAACGCAGAAAGAAGGCAAGCUUCGAAGCGUCCAUGUGCAUGUUUCCGCACGCGGACCUGCGCCACACUGA